AUGUCUUCUCAACAACCUAAAAUUUUAGAAAAAAUUUUUCAUCAUGUUUUACAAAUGGAAGGAUUUACAAAUUUAUGGAUCUUAAGAAGAACUUGUCGUAUAUGGAAUACAACUAUCGUUGAACUUGUACUUCAAGAAUUAAGAAAUGAUUUCAGUUUUGAAUUGUCCAUUAGUGAUCAAUAUAACAAAUCAAAUACCUAUUCUCUGGAAGUUGAAAAACUUAAUCAAGAUGGCUUUUUCUUAUUUACCAACCAUGGUAUUCUUCUUCCUGAUGUUGCAUUUUGUACCUUGGAAAUUAAAAACAUCGAAAUUCAAUCUUCUUAUAUUAAACAUUUAUUUAUUGAUUGGAAAGUUAAAGAAAUACGUCUUCAACAAGCUUUUGAAACCAGUACAAUUUUAGUUUCUUCAAAUGAAAGUGAUUCAAAAAAAGGAUUAGAAAUUACAUUAGAUCCAGCAGAAUUAUUUAUAAUAAUUGAAGAAAUUAAUGAACAAGUUAAUAUUGAAAAUGAAAAUAUUAUUGAAAAUAAUAACAUACAAGAGAUAUUUAUAUUAUAA